UCCAGAAUAGCACAUUGACUUUAGUUAAAGCAAAUUGAAUUAAUAGGCCACGUGCUUGGCCAUGGGUGUACUUGUCAAUUUAUUUUAUGAUAACGUUUCAGAAUGAUGGCUGAUAUGUAUUUCGAGAUAUUUGACUGGUAUCCUAAUUUAAUUCUGGUCUCCGACCACCCUGUCACUUGGGAAGGAUUGUUAACUACUGCAGGACAAACAAAUCUUAAACACAGGUUAACGUUGAAGAUUAAGUUAGAGGUGCCAAAUUAUCCCACUUUAACAGGAGCGAAGUUGCUUUUUGGCAGAACAAUUGGUUUUUUAAGAACACGUGAACUUGAUAAGAAAAUUAGUAACUUGUUGAACACUACCUCGACUGUGUUAUCAUUUUUAAGACGACUGCAAAUGCUUUUUGAUGAUCUGAUCUACUGCAGUAGUAACACCAAAAUUUAUACCGAUGGCACUUUUAAAGAAGGGACCCUCGAGGACCUGAAAAAUGUUUUAUGCACACAUUCUGGGAUGAAAUUAUCAUCCAACAGAACUUUUGAUUUCGUUAAAUUAUAUCUAAAGGGCGUACAUACUACGUUAACGAAGGAUACAUAUUAUUUAAGUACCUGGAAAGUGGUAUCCUCCGACCUUCCUGAACUUACAGUGGAUCAACAAAAAACAUUAACCUUAGGUGUAGCGAUGAAAAAAUUAGAAGAUCGAGUACAGUUACUAGAAGAUAUUUGGCAUCAACUAAGUCAAAUCGAUAGAAAUUGCUGGGUGAUCGAUCCGCAGAAUCCAAAACCUUAUCAUCUGUAUCGACGUAUAAACCUAUCGCAAAGUUUGUCAGUCCUCGUCACACUGGAUCCAUUGAAUUCGUCUGCUUUGCCAGAUAUUAAACUGUUUGGGACAAAUGCUGAGGUACAGGAGUACGAGUGUAGAAUUUCUCAAAACUUACAGAAUUGGGAUUUGGAGUCGAGUCUACUAGAUAAUUUACAGAACUUGUUAUGCCUAAAUGAAUUUCCUCGGGCAUCCACGACGAAGUGCAAUCCAAAUCAAGGUGGAAUCAUCGAAGAGGAAGAAUGUUGCAUCUGCUUUUCAUUGACAUUAGACGAAGGGCAGUUACCGGAUAAAAUCUGUGACAAUGAAAAGUGCAGAAGAAAAUUCCACGUCUCUUGCUUGUUCCAGUGGUUACAGACAACUGCUAGAAAUAACAUUGUCUUCAACCAUAUCCAUGGGGUGUGUCCUAAUUGUGGGGAAAAUAUAUCCUGCUCGGCAACUUGAAGGACGGUUACUACUACUUCUACAAGAAGAAACGUGAUUUCUAAAUGUAAAUAUCAUUACGAUUAAUGGCUUCCAUUAUCAAGGCAAGCAAUUCCAAUUAUCUUCCGCGAAAACGUAGGACUUGCUGCUUUGAAUAUUUCUCACAUGUCGAUUCGUUAUCAAAUUAAGAAACGUCGUUGAAUUGCCAGCAUUGAAAAGAGGCGAGGUCUCGUAAGUAAAGCGUUUUCAGUUCGAAGCAACAAUCUAUACGUAUUGUAUACGCGUGCAAGUAACGCAACUCGUAAAAUUGCGAUUUUUAUUGCUAUCAAUAAGGGAGAUGGGAGAACCGAGAGACCCCGCCGUUUUCCAAUUACCGAAGAUCCCCCUUUGGACAGGAGAUGCUUCGUUGAUUAUAUUAACGUCUUAUUUAAUUGUAACGAAAAC